AACUGCUGAGCUAAAAGAAAAAUGACCAUAUAUUGCAAAUUAGAUCUGUGUACUACUUGUAAUGUCAGUGGGAGCUGCAGAAGUUCAUUUCUUAAUAGUUUGUGCCAAUAGUUUGUUUUUCUCUUUUAAAUAUCAGUUAAUGUCAUGCCAAUUUAAAGUAGUUUAAAUAGUUUUUAUGGGGGCUGAACUCAGGACAAAUGACCUCACAUGUUUUUCUUUUAUUCACUUCUUUGGCAGAAGUGAUUUUUUCAGAGGUGUAAAACCAACAUCUACCUAUUUGUGCUAUUUAGAUCCAUCUGGACCCCCGUCCAAACAACAGAAUCAAACACCUUCAGUAAACAAAAGCCGCCAGCAUCUGCAGCAGAAGAAGCCUUCUCAGAAGAUAGAAGAAGCACUGGAAUUGCCAGAUGGAGCAGCUUUGUCACCUCUGGAGAAGAGGCUUACCGAGCCCACUCCAAAAUCACUGUGCAAGCCUCUGGCAUCAACUGAGCAACAGGAAACCAGAAAUCAACAGGUGGAAGUUGGACUUAAACAAUCUUGUAAUAUUGACCCAACUGCAGCAACAAGUCAUCAACUCGUGAAAAAGAAAAUGGAAUUGCAGGAAAAGUCUCGGUGGGAAAUCCUUCAACAAGAGCAGAAACUGAUGGAAGAAAAAAAUAAACGCAAGAAGGCUUUCCUUGCUAAAGCAAUUGCUGAAAGAUCUAAAAGAACUCAGGCUGAAACAGUUAAAUUAAAGCGGAUCCAAAAGCAGCUCCAAGCUCUAGAUGACAUGGUGUCUGCUGAUAUUGGGAUCCUGAGAAAUAGGAUUGACCAGGCAAGCUUGGAAUAUUCAUGUGCUCGGAAACGUUAUGAUAAAGCAGAAUCAGAGUAUGUGGCUGCAAAGCUGGAUCUCCAGAAGAAAACGGAAGUCAAAGAACAACUCACAGAGCACUUAAGCACAAUUAUUCAGCAAAAUGAACUCCGCAAAGCCAAGAAAUUAGAGGAGUUAAUGAAGCAGCUGGAAGUAGAAGCUGAUGAAGAGAACCUAGAACUGGAGGUAGAGGUAGAGAAAAUGUUGCAACAGCAGGAAGCAGAAGCUGGAAGGCAAGUGGCUGAGACACAAAAGCUUGCUCCAGUGGGUGUGCAGAAUGCAGCUCCCCAGACUUUCAGUAAAGAACACGAGACUGAAAGCCUCAGAAACAUUAAUGGAGCAGCCUAGAAGUUCCCAUACAAAUGACCAAAGUCACAUAGUAAACUCUUUUUCUGAAGAAAUUAUGGUUCAUCUGGAAUACGUCUGAUAACUUCAUCUUUAAUUGUUGUCACAGAAGCACUGGCAUAUAAUGACAGGAAGCCUCUGAAUUUGUGCAGUUCUCCAGUCUAUAUUAUUUAUAUAUUGUGUGUGUGUGUGUAUACGUGUAUACACACACACACACACAUACACAAAUGAUUUAUUUUCCUUGUCCACCUUUCCUUCUUCCUUUUCACUGAAAAACUUGCAUGUGAACUAUUAUGGAGGGAAAGGAUAAUGUUAUCUACAUUAUAUUUAAAGUGCAAAACACCAAGCCAGUUAGGAGUGAGGAAUUGUGUAUAUCUUACACGAUAGAAGAUCUCACUAGAUCCUACAUUAUUGGCUUAGACAUUCUCCUCUAAGUGUUUAACAACACUCAUUUUUUAGUGUUCACAAAUGAAUAUAAAACAAAAUGGAUGAGUGAAUCAAGGAGUGUAUCAGAGGGUGCCCCAUUUUUGUCCUUUGCCCCCCACAAAGAGGGCCAGGAGAAAAUCUGAUUCUCCAGCUGAUAAACAUUUUCUACCCUUGUUAGUGAUUCUGAAAAAAAAAAUUGUUGGGCCAUUAAUGAUUUCUCCUUUAAAUUAAGUGUGUUUCUGGACUAAACCUAAUUACUGAGCAAUAAAAAUAUAUUAUUAUUAAUUAAAGUAUAAACAAACAAAUGUUGCAAUCAAUGGCAACCAAACAAUGCCAAAUGCACAUUUAACACUGUUAAAUUCAUAUUUAGAGUCUCAAGAUUUUCUAGUGAUUUAUUUAUUUCACCUUUUUAUUUUACUCAUCCAUGCAUGUUUCUCUACCGUUCAUGUGUUAUUCAAGUGUUAGUCCUUUAUCCUUACUUGCAUAAUCAGUCAACAGCUGCCAAAUUACAAUAAAAAUGUUCCUGCCCUUAAGUUAGUUUUUCUUGUAUUGCUGUGUUCUGCAAUUAUUGGACUUCAGAGUUACAUCAAAGACUUUAUCAUAUGCACUAAAACAAAAUGAUUUCAUGGAGAA